AUUUUAUUAGUUCUAAUUUGAAAGAACUUUAUACAUACUCACAAAAUUAUAAAAGUAUUUCUAUUUAGAUCCCAAAUAGAACUCGAGAUGAGACGAAAACUUCGUCCCGGACAAAGUAUGUAAUUAAAAAAUCUACAGAUUGGAGCCACUCUGAGAGGCAGAGUCUUUGGAAGGAAUAUGAAAUUGAUUAUCUCAUACAAGAAGCAAAAGUUCUACUAUAUUUAGUCCUAACAUUCCAUUGCACUUUGCAUCAGAUGUUUUGAUGCUCGAUUGGUGACUCUUGGUUGGGUGUUGGCUUGGUUGAUUUGUGAUUUUAAGUUUGAUGAGACAAUAGAAGGAGGUUGGAGGAGACAUAUACAUGCAUAAGUGCAGUCUGUGAUAUAACGACAUCGAUUCUGCAUUUUAUUCAGUGUGGUGCAGACUAAUUUGCAAAUAUUUGAGUUCUAUUAAUAUUUGUCGAUCACUACAAAUUCAACAACCCACAGACAGACUCAUAAUCAAGACUAUAGAUGUGUACAGCAGUUUAAAGUAAAUAAGAUCCAAAUUUAAUCAAAUUCUGAGAAGUUCAUUCAACUUAUUAGAGAAUUAAGAGAAUGUGCAAAUUAAAAAAUAUAAUGUUGACACUCAAAAUAGAAUGGAUACUAUAUAUACACACAUUGACAGAAUAAGUCAGUCUUCCGUACUCGCCUUACGAGUGAGAUAGUCAACAUCUACCAGAUUAAAAGAAGAGAUGUAAAUUGAGUAGAGUAAGGGUCUGAGAUAGGUAGCGGAAGGUCUACCUUAUGCAUACAAUGUAGCGCAUAAUUACAUAGAAUUAUUUGAGAACAUGAAGUACAAUAUAUAUUUAUAUACUUAAGUAUUGUUAGGUGUUAUUUUAAUUUAAUGUUUAAGAAAGACAUACUCUAAAGAGGAAAUGCUUGUUUACGGUUCAUUCAGUAUUUUUCAGAUGUUUGUUCUUUAAAUAUGUUACUUGGGAAACUAUAUCAGGUGUAAAAAAUUUGUGUGAAUCGAAAGUUUUUAUAAAUGAUUAAUUUAAAAACACAUGUCAAAAUGCGUACAGCUCAGAAACUUUAUGUUUGUGAAGUAUGCCAGAAAAGCUUUUCAAAAAUUUAUAAUUUAAAAAAGCACCACAGAACACAUACUGGAGAGAGACCGUAUAUUUGUGAAAUGUGUACAAAAUGUUUUGCACGAAAUGAUACAUUAGAAAAACAUUUGAGAACACAUACCUCAGAAAAACCUUAUGUUUGUGAAGUGUGUGAACGAGCUUUCGCCCAAAUUGGUCAUUUAAGAUCGCACCUGAGUCUGCAUACUGGAGAGAAAUCGUUCUUUUGUGAGAUAUGUGAAAAAAGCUUUUCCCGAAUCGAUACUUUAAAAAAACACACAAGAAUACAUACAGCAGAAAAACCUUUCAUUUGUGAAGUGUGUAAAAAAUGUUUUACACGAAGUAGUGAUUUAAAAUCUCAUCUAAGAAUACAUACUGGAGAAAAACCGUAUGCAUGCGAAGUUUGUGAAAAAUGUUUCGCUCAUGCUGGUAAUUUAAAAACACACAUGAAAAUACAUACUGGAGAAAAAUCUCAUGUCUGUGACAAGUGUAGUAAAGGAUAUGCACACCUUUCUCGUUUGAUAAUUCAUCUCAGAACACAUACUGAAGAGAAACCUUUUGUUUGUGAUGUGUGUAAAAAAAGCUUUUCACGAAUGAGUGGCUUAAAAACGCACAUGGCAACACAUACUUCAGAGAAGCCACACGUUUGUGAAGUCUGUACGAAAUCUUUUGCACAUACUAAUUAUUUAAAAAAGCAUCUGCGUAUACACACUGCUCAAAAACCCUAUGUUUGCGAACUAUGCGAAAAAGACUUUGCACAUUGUGAUUAUUUAAAAUCACACAUGUUAACGCAUAUGGAAGAUAAACCUUACGUUUGUGAAGUGUGUCUAAAAGGUUUUUCGCAAACAAGUCAUUUAAAAUCACAUAUGAGAAUACACACUGGAGAGAAACCUUUUGUUUGUGAGGUAUGUAAUAAAGGUUUUAACCAUAUCAGUCAUAUAAGAACACAUAUGAGGAUACAUACUGGGGAGAAGCCUUAUGUUUGUGAGGUGUGUGAGAAAGGUUUUUCACAAAUUGCUCAUUUAAAAUCACAUAUGACAAUACAUACUUGAGAAAAACCGUAUGUUUGGGAAAUGUGUAAAAAAAAAAAUUUACACAAAUUGAUAAUUUAAUAGUUGUUCUGAGAAUUGUAUUAUAGAUUAGAUUAAAUGCAAAUUAUACUUAU